UGGCUUGCAGCCUUGUAUGCCUAUAUAAAGGAAGAACGAAGUAAGGCGGCUCUCAAUUCAAUAUCCAAUUUUGGUAAGAAGUACUAGAGCAAAUUUGGAAGAGCUGAGGUGGCGUGGCCGGAGAUGGGGCUAAAAGGUAAGUUGAUAGCCGCAAUUGAAUUCAAAGCCGGUGGAGAUUUGUUUCAUGAACUCUUCAGGUACAAACCACACGACGUGUCCACAGCCAGCCCAGACAAGGUCCAAGGUUGUGAUUUGGUUGAGGGUCAUGAGUUCGGCCACGUUGGCACCAUCAUUUGUUGGAAAUACACCCAUGAAGGGAAAGAGAAGAAAGCAAAACAACUUAUUCAAAAAAUUGAUGAAGAGAAGAAGUUGGUUGAGUAUCAGAUGUUAGAAGGAGACUUGAUGGAACAAUACAAAGCUUUCCUAAUAACAAUCCACAUAGAGACAAAGGAUGGUAUUGAUUUGGUGACAUGGACCUUAGACUAUGAAAUGCCCAAUGAAGAUGUGGAACAUCCCAUUUCAAUGCUCUCCUACUUCAUCAACCUCACCAAGGACAUCGAGACUCAUCAUACCCCCAAACCUACUUCAAUUUGAUCGGUCCAUGUUUCAAUCUUAUAGUAACGUAUGAUUUUAAUGAAUAAAAAAACUGUCUGUUUGUAAUCUCGAUGGGAUUCACAAACAGACUGUUUCACAUCACUUUGUUAAAAUCCAGCAUCACAAAAAAAAAACAUGUUAUAAAAACGUGUUUUUUAGUGCGGAUUUUGUAAUAAAAUCGUUCUUGUGUUUGUAUUGAGCCUUUAUUUUACGAAGGACGUUUGCACGUUUGUGUGUAAGUGUGUUAGUGUCUUGAAUAUUAAGCUUUGAAUGUACGCAUAUCAUUUUCGAUGUUUUUACUUGGUGUGUUUUAAUCCCAGAUCAGACUUCCAGAGUUA